UGCGUCACCUGCACAGAGGCGGCGGCAGUGCUCAGACAGCGGGUGUUCUGGGCCACACGCGAGCAGCGCGUCAGCGUCGUGGCGUGCAUGCUUCCUUGUGCUUGUCUUCCAGAGUGGCGUUUUCAGGUGAUGAGGCAAAAUUGUACCAAGCAGACCCAUACCCAUCAAAUGGAGAUCUCGGAUUGGUGAUGCACUCUUUUGACUGGGCACCGCAGGUUUAUCGACCAUGAUCCGAGGUGCUGCGCGCGGGCUGUUCCAGAGCGCUCGACAAGUGCGACGAGCGGCUGCAAAACAAAACCUGAAGCAGCGGAGAGUACAGGCGACAGGUGGGCGCCCCGGAGAUACGAGGAGGACUGUGUGCGACUUGGCGCGGGAAGAGAGCAUCAUCACCAACCAACAGAAGCAGGCUUUCGGUCGGACACGAUACGUGGAGGCGGUGAGGACUAGCAGAAGGCUGUUGCAGCUGCAUGUGUAAAGGCUGACUGCUGUAUUGUAUUGUGUAUCGGUUAGAUGCCAAGAAUAUUGUCGGUGGGCGCUGUGGGAAUGCUGGACGUCGGAGCGAUUGACGCUCUCAAUGUCUUGCUGCAAGACUUAGCAGAAGACGAUGACGAUGGGCGAUAACAGCGCUUCGCAGCGCGUCCAAAUAGCAGACUGCAUGUACCGUAACACCAGCACAGUACAACAGUGUUGAUUAAAGACGAGUAUCCAAAUUGUAGACGAACAACAACAAAAGUAUCGCCAGAAUUGAGUGGUAUUCAACGAAUUACUCGCC